AGCUACUAAAUAUGGACCACGUACGAUAGGCUCUGUCUUGAUGAUUCUCAAACACAUUGAAUCAAUCAAGUAUAUAAGAUUCUAGACCUUUUCGUUCUUGAUUAAUAGGUCUUUGAGUUGAACUAGAACCAAUUAUGUUGUCAUACGUAAUAAAUCUCAAUCAAUGAGUCUUUGCCUUCUUUUGGUGUCUUCUUUUUAGCAGUUUUGUCACUUGUACUAUUAUGCAACCAGCUGAUAGCCGAGUUUUAGCGUAGCAGGUGAGACUCAUUGAACGGCCACCACAAGAAAUCGUUUCAAAUUAGAACCGGGAUUUGAUGCAGAAAAGAGUAACAAAGUUAGGUUCAUGUUUUUGAUAUGGAAUCAAUCAUGGCAAAUAAUGAUGUCACACUAUUAGUACACCUUUGUGCUUUUGCAUUCUUCAAAAAUUGUAUGUAAUUAAAUGCUUGUCCUUUCUCUUCUCAUUCAUAAUAUUUCUAGAACUGAUGUGCUAAGUUGGCCAAUUGAUUUUUCCUAAUGUGCAAAACAAUGUUUCAACUACUCUGCUUCAUUUACUUGAAUGGAUUAGGUAUCAGCUAUAAACCAGUUCAGUUUAAGCUGAAUUGAAGUUGAUCAUUAAUGUUGUUGGAGACUUUUGCCUCCAAAACAGGUCUACCCUGAUCAACUGCUUGUUAGUCUGAAUGCGAUAUGUGACUACUUAGGAUUGUCAAUGUCAAAUUGACCACCAGAAGUGCAAACAUGGUUUCAAUUGAGACUUGACAAUAUAAGUUGCAACAAAAUGAUUGUCUCUGUAUCCCCCCCUCAAUAAUUCAUUCAUUUACAAUAGUUUAUUUUUAAGUUUAUAUCUCAGUAUGGGAUAGCUUUUCCUUCUUCUUCUUCUUUUCAUUUUUUAUAUUUUUUGUUUUUGUUUUUAUAAAUCCCCAAAACAGAUGGUAGUACCACAGCUCGGGACUUUAUCUUACAUCAAACAAGCAACAUUUAUUUAUUGAUAUUUGAUACAUGUACUGGUGCAGGGGGCAAUGGUAGAAGAGAUGAAGCCAAGGCCUGUUCUAACAGCACCAUUACUGCUAGACGGAGAAUCUGAUAACAAUUACAGAGCUCCUAAUGUCCUUAGACGUGUAUUAAGCCUUCUAAACAAUGUACGAUCUGGAUCCGAUCUUACUCGCUUUCAGCUGCCUCCUUCGUUUAACCUUCCCAAGUCACAACUUCAAUGCUAUGGUGAAUCAGUUUAUAGCUCUCGAGGCAAUUUGUUAAGUAAGUGUGCCAAUGGAGAGAGUCCGCUGGAGAGGUUUCUAUCUGUUGUAGCGUGGAGUAUAUCUACAACACGACCUCUCAUGUUUGGAGUAGCUCCAUAUAAUCCAAUUCUUGGAGAAACUCAUCAUGUUUCAAGAAGCAAUUUGAAUGUCUUACUUGAGCAGGUUUCGCAUCAUCCACCAGUUACUGCCCUUCACGCCACAGAUGAAAAUGACAACAUUGAAAUGAUUUGGUGUCAUCAUCCUGUUUCCAAAUUCCAUGGUACUUAUAUAGAAACUGAAGUACAUGGAAAAAGGCAGCUGAAGCUUCUGAACAAUAGAGAAACUUACCUAAUGAACUCCCCAAAGCUUGUGAUAAAGUUCCUGCCCUUGAUAGGUGUAGACUGGUUGGGGGAUGUCACGAUCAAAUGUGAAGAAACCGGACUCACAGCAGUGUUAUUUUACAAAGGCAAUUCAAUUUUACCUCGUGUCGCUAAUCAUAGGGCUAUUAAAGGAGAGAUUUUUAUGGCAUCCUCACCAUCAAGGACAAUAUACGAAAUCAAUGGCCACUGGGAUAGAAUUGUUACAGCCAGGGAUCCUAGUAGUGGAAAGUCAAAGGUCAUUUACAAUGCAAAAGAAGUAUUGUCCGAAGUGAAGACUCCCAUUGUUAGGGAAUCACAGGGGAUCUUACCUAGUGAAUCCACAGUUGUGUGGGGUGAUGUGAGCCAAGCCAUCCUAGAUAAAUGCUGGGAAAAAGCAAAGGAAGCCAAAAGUGCCAUUGAAGGAAGGCAAAGAGAGAUGGUGAAGGAAAGAAACUCAAAAGCCGAAAAUUGGGUCCCUGAACAUUUUACAGUUUCUUACAGUAAGGAGAGCGGAUGGGAAUGCCAACCAAAUCAGAAGUUGGUUCCACCAGCACCCAUUAUAGUUCCUGAAUCAUUCAAUUGAAGCCAGUCAAUCACUUUAGACUAAAAACUCGUAAUCUUUACCAACCGAUCCACUGAGCUACAUGGAUUAGUACAUAAGAAGAUCUUUUGGUAGACAUUCAUCACAAUUUCGGAUCGUUGUAAAUCCUGCUUGUUUCUUUGAUCCAACGCUGAUGAGAAACUCCGCUGUUGUAUGUUGUAAUAGUAUUUUCACUUGGAAUGUAAAGCUUUCAAAUACAUUUUCAUCUCAUAGAAGACUAAUCACAGACAUUGAAAGAGCAAGCACAAAGCAGGUUUUCCAGAGGGUGGAUGAAGAUUGAAACUAUAUAUCUACAUCAAUAUUUCAAAGUACACAGAAUCCCUCUAAAACCAUUGAAAAAAUUCCUAAAAUAGCACUAAACUAACCUAUAUGAUAGAGAACACAAUCCGGGAAAAUCAUACAACAGGUUUUAGGCAUGGUUUUGUAACAUAGAAACUAUCUAGAAUCCUAAAACCUUUCCGGGGGUCCUAGUUGACAGGUACAAAUCUUGAUGAAUGAUGGAUUUUAUCCAUGAUUUCCAACCCCUUUUCUUGUAAAUCAGAUUCACUUCUUCUGUUGAAUGAUCUUUCCCUGAUGGUGGCCAAAAUCGGCUUCCAGGACGGCGAUUUCGAACAGGUAUGCAUCAUCAUCACAUCAUGCUCAUUUUCAGCACUAGUAGAACUAGUCUUCAUAGCUCUACCUGGUGAUCUCCAAACAGGGCUAGCAUCAGCACUGGCUGCAUUAUUAUUAUUACUAUUAUUCACUGACUCAACUUUUGGCUUAUCCCUUUUGGCCCGAUUACUCAGCUUCCUGGCUAUGGUGACCAAAUCCGCCGGCGAGAAAUCGGAUUGGAAAAACGAAUAUGGAAGCAAGAAAUAUAUCUUCCCUGGUUCAAGAUAUGUGGUUGGCAACAGAGGCUUUGAACAAGGAGAAAGAAGCUGAGAUUGUAAAUAUACAAAAUGCUUUGGUAAUUUGGCUGUGAGUUCACUCACUGAAACAGGGUAAUCAAACUGUUCUACAGAGCCAUUCAAUUGAACCACUUUUACAAUUCUGCAAGCUGAUGAAGAUGAAGUUCUUGUUGAAAUUGAGCAACCCAUUUCUCUGAAAGUAUUUUUUUCUUGAUUUAGACCAUUAAAUGGUUUGAAAAAGGAAGAUGAUUGGGUUUAGUCUAGAGUUGAAGAUAAGGGAUAUAUAUAUAUAUAUAUAUAUAUA